CCCCGGCCGGGGCCCGUGAGCAUGGGCAUCGCGGAGUCCACGCCGGAUGAGCUGCCGUCGGACGCCGAGCAGCAGCUGCGCAGCGGCGAGCAGCAGCUGGAGCUGAGCGGGCGGCGGCUGCGGAGGCUGCCUGGCGCCGUGUGCGCGCUCGGCCGCCUGCAGAAGCUGUACGUGAGCGGCGCCGGGCUGCGCGAGCUGCCCGAGGAGAUCGAGGAGCUGCGCGAGCUGCGCAUCCUGGCGCUGGACUCCAACAAGCUGGAGCGCCUGCCCGACGGGCUGUGCCGCCUGCCGCGCCUCGCGCGCCUCUACCUGGGCGGCAACCGGCUGCGCGCGCUGCCCGCCGACUUCGCGCAGCUGCAGAGCCUGCGCUGCCUCUGGAUCGAGGGCAACUUCUUGCGGCGCUUCCCGCGGCCGCUGCUGCGCCUCGUGGCGCUGCAGUCGCUGCAGAUGGGCGACAACCGGCUGCGUGCGCUGCCCGCCGAGCUCCCGCGCAUGACCGGCCUGCGCGGGCUCUGGCUCUACGGGAACCGCUUCGAGGAGUUCCCGCCCGCGCUGCUGCGCAUGGGCCGCCUGCACAUCCUCGACCUGGACCGCAAUCGCCUGGGCGGCUUCCCCGACCUGCAACCCCUGCGCGCGCUGCGCGUCUUCUCCUACGACCACAACCCGGUCACGGGGCCCCCGCGUGUCGCCGACACGGUCUUCCUCGUGGGUGAGGGCGCUGUCGAGCGUAUGGCUGAGCGGGACGAGCCCACGCCGAGGCUGCCUCCCCGCCGCCCCGCGCGCGCCUUCGAGGACGAUGAGGAGGAGGAGCUGCUGAUCGGUGGCGCAGGCACCCGGGCUCUGGGGAACCCCGCUGGCGGCCUCCGCGCCCUGGAGGCCCCACCAGGCCUCGGCACCUGAGGCUGGGCUGUGGGUGCCAGGCGAGGCCAGUGUGGAGGCAGAGAAGAUCGCCUGCAGCUGUCAAGCUUGAAAAGAGCCACUGUGCCUGCUGGGCGUCCUGCACGGAGGAGGGCUCCACUCUCUGGAGGCCUCGGGGCCUCUCCAACUGCCUGACUCUCCAUUCCCUUACAUGGGCACAGCUGGGCUGGCUGGCACCAGUAGGGCACGGCUGGGCCCUGUGUGGUUCACGCUGUCACCAGGGACUGCCUCAGGGGAGUGCGGAGACAGCUCUGCUGUCCGUUGCCAGACCUUUCCCACCCCAGCACUCAGGGGAGGAGGGGUUGGGUGGAGGAUACUCAGGGAUGCUGUGUGCAGAGCCCCUUGGGUAGUAUUUUCUUUAGGAAGAAAAAUGUACUUGU